AUGAUGCUCGUGAGAAUUUUCUGCAAUCACGAAUGCCUCGUCACAUCCUGCCUCGUCUUGGCCUAUUCAUUCUAUCCAUUCAAUCAUUCAUUCAAUCAACAUUCAUUCAUUCAUCCAUUCAUUCAUUCCAUUCAUUCAUUCCAUUCAUUCAUUCAUCCAUUCAUUCCAUUCAUUCAUUCUUUCAUUUACAGAAUCGAAACCCAUCGCUUACCCUCUGUGUUGAUAAUCGGGGUACGCAAAGGCGGUACCCGAGCCCUGCUCGAUGCCAUGGCUCUUCACCCAAAAAUCCGCGCAGUUCGCAAAGAAACUCAUUUCUUCGAUUUGAACUUCUCCAAAGGGGUCGAAUGGUACCGCUCCUUGAUGCCUCUCAGUUCUGCUGAACAGAUUGUUGUUGAAAAAACUCCUGGAUAUUUUACCUCUGCAAUCGCACCAAAACGUGUACGAGAAUUCAACCCUGCUAUGAAAAUUAUUCUCAUUGUUAGGGACCCUACACAGAGAACAAUAAGUGAUUUCACCCAGGUCUACUAUAAUAAGCUUGAGUUGAAUAAAACCCUACCAAUUUUCGAGAAAGAAGCCUUUCUUCCUAGUAGUGACAAAAUUAAUGUGGACUAUAAACCAGUGCGAAAUUCAUUAUACGAUCUACAUAUGGCGAACUGGUUACGGUAUUUUUCAAUGGAGCAGAUUUUGCUGGUCAACGGCGACGUCUUUCGUGGGAAUCCAAUAAAUGAGCUUCGUCGAGUCGAAACAUUCCUAGAUCUGCCACACCUGAUAACCAGCGAUCAGCUAAUUUUCAAUGAAAGCAAAGGAUUCUUUUGUUUUCUACGAACUCCGACAUCUCGUGUAAGAUGUCUCGGCAGCUCUAAAGGACGCCCACAUCGAGAAAUUUCCGAUGAAAUCACUGAAAAAUUACGCGCUAAUUUCAAAGAGCACAACAUGCGAUUUUUUGCACUUGUUAAUAGAAUGUUCGCUUGGUAACUUCCAGCUUUACUUUGCUUUAACAAUUUUGUUCAGAUGAUUUGAUUGAGAAAUUGGAGAUAUUAUAUUGUUACUCAGGUGCAUUUCUAUCAAAUUACGG